CCAGGAUUGAAUGAAUAUUCUGAACUGAUGCUCUCAUCUAAAAAUAAAAAGAAGUGGCCGACACCAACUCAGAUCGCCGGCGGGUAUUCAGAUCUCCUCCACCUCACAUUCGCCGAGGUAUAUAAACUUUACCUACAAAUCUACGUUUCAUGUUCGUUGACUUCGAAAAAACUGCUUAGCUAUAAGUCAAAAUCCCCUUUCUUCAAUCCCUCAUCUUCUCUCGUACAAACCUCGACAAUGGCGGACACCACAGCAUCAUCGGAAAUGGAGAAAUCAGCUAAGAUCUUUGUCGCUGGACACAGAGGACUGGUUGGAUCAGCCAUAGUCCGCAAGCUCCAGGAUCAGGGUUUCAAAAACCUCGUCCUUAGAACCCAUUCAGAGCUUGAUCUCACUAGCCAAUCCGAUGUUGAGUCCUUCUUUGCUACAGAGAAGCCAGUUUAUGUCAUCCUCGCUGCAGCUAAAGUCGGUGGGAUUCAUGCCAACAACACGUACCCAGCUGAUUUCAUCGGUGUCAAUCUCCAAAUCCAAACCAAUGUCAUCCACUCUGCUUACACACACGGUGUGAAGAAACUCCUCUUCCUCGGCUCAUCUUGCAUUUACCCUAAAUUCGCUCCUCAGCCGAUCCCUGAAUCAGCUCUUCUCACUGGUCCGCUCGAACCGACUAACGAAUGGUACGCCAUUGCCAAGAUUGCAGGGAUUAAGAUGUGUCAAGCGUACAGGAUCCAGCAUCAAUGGGAUGCUAUAUCCGGUAUGCCCACGAAUCUUUAUGGUCCGAACGACAAUUUCCACCCGGAGAAUUCACAUGUGCUUCCUGCUCUCAUGAGGAGGUUCCAUGAAGCUAAAGCCAACAAUGCAGAUGAAGUUGUGGUUUGGGGAAGCGGGAGUCCGUUGAGGGAGUUUUUACAUGUCGAUGAUUUGGCUGAUGCUUGCGUUUUCUUGAUGGAUCGAUACAGUGGGUUUGAGCAUGUUAAUGUUGGUAGUGGUGUUGAAGUGACGAUCAAAGAAUUGGCUGAGUUGGUUAAGGAAGUUGUUGGGUUUAAAGGGAAGCUUGUUUGGGAUUGCUCAAAACCGGAUGGAACACCAAGGAAACUGAUGGAUAACUCGAAGCUUGCUUCUUUGGGAUGGACACCCAAGAUUACUUUAAAAGAUGGUCUCUCCCAAACUUAUGAAUGGUAUUUGGAGAAUGUUGUGCAGAAGAAACAGUAAACAAAAAAAACGUCCAAACUCAAACGCAAUUCAUUCUCUGUACAUUUGAAUGUUUAUGCGUUUGCGUUUUGGUUCUAUACAAAAUCUUUGUGACUCUAUUUAUUGUAAUUUUAUAUUCAUGGAUUUGGUACCCGUGAGCAAACUUUAUUUUCUAAUAAAUGUACCAAUGUUGAGUACUUGAGAUUAUCAAUAAUCGAAUAGCUGCUUCCUUCUU